CCAGCGGCGACUGGGACUGGGGCGCAAUCAUAAUAGAAGGGACGAGGGAGGCUGCUGUCAAUCCUCCUCCCUCCCCACAAAAGGGGGCGCGGCCGAAAGCGGUCCGCGGGGGCCGAUGUCGUGCAAAGACAUCUGCCUGGCUAUGUCUUCUCCUGAAAUUGCCUCCCUCUCGUGGGGGCGGAUGACUGUGAAGGGCUGCCCCACAACCUACAAAGACUGUAAAGUGUGGCCCGGUGGCAGCCGAACGUGGGACUGGAGAGAAACAGGCACGGAGCAUGUUCCUGGUGUUCAGCCUGCAGAUGUGGAAGAAGUUCUUCAAAAGGGUGUCAGAACAUUAGUGAUAGGCCGUGGCAUGAGCGAGGCCCUGCAGGUAGGUUCUGCCAGGUGCCGUCGGCAACAGUGGAGUAUCUUAAGAAGCAUGGGAUUGACGUGAUGGUCCUGCAAACUGAGAAGGCAGUGAAAGAGUAUAACAUCUUGGCUUCCAAGGGAGCCAAAGUCGGCGGCGUCUUCCACUCUACCUGCUAGAGGGCUAAUAAAAGACCCACCUCUGUCUUCCACCUGUUCCUUUGAGUGAAUAAAAAGGAGCAUUUCUCUGCUGUGCCAACUUUUGAACCCUUUCCACACAGGAAUAAAGCAAUUUGCAAAGAUGAAA